CCAGAAACGGCUUUUGUCGAGUUUCUCUCUCUGAACCCGCGUGUUGCCUUCUCUGAGAAGAUGCAUCCUGCAGCAAUCGGUUUAGUGAUUAUAAUCUCCACCUAUAGCUGUCUAUGCACGUUGGUGCAAGCAUCAGCUGAUGGUUCAGGAAGUUCAAUGGAUGAUACAGCAUUAUGUUCCAGUUUCUGCAGCGCAGAAGCGCCCAAACAGGACAACAGCGAUGCUCAGCAAAAACCGUGCGAGAAUUUCUAUAAGUAUGUUUGUGGCAACGAACAGUCUUUGCCGACCGAAGUCUCACAUGACUACGAUGAAGAGCAAAUUCAAGAAACUUAUUUAGAAAAACAGUUAGUACAGAAAAUUAAAGGUAUACUGGAACAUCAACACAGUGAUGAAGAAAAUAGAGAAUCAUCAACAGGUGAAGUUGACAAUAGUGUUGAUAUUAAAAAAAUCGCCAAGAGUGUUUACGGUGCCUGCAAACAAGAUGAGAAAUCAAGGACAUCAAAGUCGCUCCGGGAUGGUGUGAUCGAAAUAUUGAAAAGCUUUCAUUUAAAUAACUGGCCGGUGGCUACUGGGGAACAAGGGAUAUCAAAAAUAGAAAUUCUGAAACAAACGGGUCUUAGGCCUGUGGCAACGGUAGCUGUAGUUGGUAACGAACAACACAAAAAGUACAUGCUGUCGGUGAACGUACCUUGGGUCCGAUUUGCACCGUAUCCACAAAUACUGGUCGAAAGUGAAAAAGAUCGAACAAAGCUGGCACUGUACAGAAUUUUUUUGAGGGCCGUAAUAAGGUUUAUGUUUGCCCGCGGAAAAAGUUCUGGUCUGGACCCAAGAGAUGAAAACAGCUGCAAUGAAGACUCAGAGCAAAACACUGACACCAACGAUGUAGAUGAUGGUAUCCGUAAAGUAGUCGGUGAUAUCAUCGAAGUUGAACAGGCUCUAGCUAAGAUGGCACUGGAUGCUCAGAAGCAUGUCACACACACUGUUAUUACCAUUAAAAAUUGGCAAGAUGAGCUUGAUGAUGAGCUUCCCGUUUUCGAAGCACUUCAAGCUGAUUUUAGGAGAGCUAACAUCAGUCUGGAGGAGACAGACAAAAUUAUUGUUCACGUUCCUGAAUACUUCAAGUCAUUGGUUAAAUACCUCAAGGAUUUAAGAGUGCGAAAAUUUCACCACUACGUUGGUUGGUAUAUUGUUCGUGAAAUAGCUGACGGGCUAACUUGUGAUGUUCGCCAGAAACUUAACAAGUUUCUCGAGAGUACACCCAAGCCUGGAAUACCGGUGAAGCUUGAUGCAGACACCUGUGUAAAAAAACUAAUUGGUCAUGACGGCCUUAUGGACAAAGGCAUCGCUUUUAUGUACCUAAAAAGUUAUUUUAAAGAGGCCUCCAUAGCAAAGGCAGAGAAGGUGACAAAAUACAUAGGAAAAACUUUUUCGCAAUUCAUCAAAACCAAUGCAUGGAUGGAUUCAGGAACAAAAGGGGAAAUGACUACGUGGGUGACCGCCCUCGAAUAUCACAUUGGCGCAUCCGACGCAAGCCUUAACGAGUCUCUCGUCCAGAAUAACUACGGCCUUGUGGUGCUCUCUGGUGUCUCUUCCCUACCACAGUAUUUCUGGACUCUAAGGCAGAACAAUUACCUGCAAAAACUGACGCUAAUGAAGACUGCGUACGAGAAAAGUAAUAUAUGGCCUAUAUCUCCACUUCACACAAGUAGCACAUACGAUGAGUUCUUCACUUCAUUAGAAAUGCCUGCUGGAGCCCUUCAAAGCCCAAUAUAUACAGAACAUUCCUCAGCUCCUCAUACCUUUGGAUCGAUGGGGAGUCUGGCAGCUGAAGUGAUGGCCCGAGGCUUCACGGUUGAAGGUCACGUAUGGACGCAACGCCAUGGAAAAUACGAGUGGAAGUCAGACGAUAAACGAAAAUUCAAGAAGGAACUGCAGUGUUUAAAAACUUCGAAAAGCCAAGGAAGUCAAGGACGACGCCAGGAUAAAGAUCGACAGGAUGCCUUUGAAAGACGAGGAGAUGAUACCACCCUUGCUCGGAAGUUGUACGACCAUGUUGGCCUGCGCACUUCUUUCGUCGCCUUUCGAGAUGUGUCGUCAAAUUGUGCGGCAAAGUGUCAAGAGCCUAACAAGGAUGAAGACCAAAAGAACCGUUUAAAAGAAUUUUUUCAAGCGUAUACAAAACGUCACUGUGAAGCUAAUGGACAUAGUGAAGCCGAAUACAGCGUCAAUUUUGCACUAAAAACAUUUGACCAGUUCGCAAACGCAUUUCAGUGCAAACCGGGAGACAAAAUGAAAGGACUCGACAAUUGUAAGAUUUUACCUUGGAUGCUGGAUUCAGCAGAGUAUAACACCGAGGAUCAAAAAUCUUAGCAUGGAAGCUUUGAGAAUUUGACCCCAAUAAUAAACUUGCCACAA